AUUGUUUUCACCAGCCUAAUCAAUUAUCCUCUUUUGUUUUUCAGUGAUUACUCAAUUAUUUAUUAAUUUUCAUUAAUUUCGUCUAAAAUGUGAUCGGAAGAAACGAACGAUGCAGAUGUCCGUCAUACAGUUUCUAUUUCUAUCUCAACUACAUCGUUUUGAUUCUUUUUAGCAAGUAGGUAACACCAGUCAGUAUGGAGCCAUCACCAAUCAUACGUACCAUGUCGGAGAACUCUUACGUGGAGAGCAUGCCCUCCACCCCUGUUUCGUUAACAGACUCCGCUAAUUCUCCCUCAUUGUCAGAGCUCAACAUGAAAAGGAGAAGUAGUUCAAGAUCAAUCAAGCGAAGAAAAUUUGAUGAUGAGUUGGUCGAGUCAAGUUUAAACACAAGUAUGGCUCCAGUCUCAAGUGGUAAAGUUCAGCGUGUCAGAACGUCUUCUUUAAAUGUCCCCUCUCCAAGUGCCAGUGGACCAACUCAGCAACCAAUUCUAACUCCCGGUGAGUCCAAUUCUCCAAUGUUGGAUGCUGUGAUUAGACCGCCUAGAAGAGCAUCCAACAAAUCACUCACAAACAGUAGUUCAGGCAAUGCCGGUGGAGGCUCCGGAGGAAGCAGUAAUACCAGAAGCGGCGGCAGUCGCUACAGGAAAACAACCAAGCAUGCAAAUGCAGGGUCCUCGACAAAAGAUCUUGGACGGUGGAAGCCGAUGGACGACCUAGCCUUAAUAAUCAAUGUUCAGCAAACAAAUUGUUUGCGAACAGUGCAUCGUGGAGUCAAAUUUUCUUGUCGCUUCACUUUGCAAGAGAUCCAACAGCGAUGGUAUGCUUUGCUGUAUGACCAGAUCAUCUCUAGGUUGGCUGUCCUUGCCAUGAGAAAUUUGCACCCUGAAGUGAUAGCUGGUAUUGAAGCCAAAGCUCUAUUUUCGGUAGCAGAAGAACAAUUAUUAGCAUCAGUGAAAGUGUCAUCCAACCCAACUCUAGAAACCUUCCAGGAAUUGCUGACAAAUAAUGCACUUGUUUUUUACCCUAAACGAACCGCAAAGACCUUGUACACCCACUGGCAGCUAAUGAAGCAAUAUCAGCUGAUAUCAGAUCAAACAGAUCCAACUGCAGCGCGAAGCGAACAUUUUCUGACAUUCUCAGACUGUGAGGAAACCUUGAAUGACACAGAGUUGAGUGAACCAAGAGAUGCUAUCUUAGACCGAGAACUUGCUUUGGCCGACAGGCGAGCUAAGAAAGAAAUCAAUGUUCUGAAGAAUGAAGUUAGCAGGUGGCAAGUGCUUGUCGAUGCUGUUACAGGCAUUACUCCUCAAGAUUUUGAUAAUCAGACACUGGCAGUUUUGAAAGGCUGUGUUGUUCGAUACUUAAUGCGUUCCAAAGAGAUAACCAUUGGACGUAAAACCAGAGACCACAAUGUAGAUGUGGAUCUAUCCUUGGAAGGUCCUGCUUGGAAAGUGUCCAGGCGCCAAGCAACUAUACGGUUGAACAAUAAUGGAGAUUUUUACAUAUCCAGUGAAGGAAAGAGGGCUUUGUAUGUAGAUGCCAAACCUAUUCUAAAUGGACACAAGUACAAACUUGCUAAUAAUUCAGUUCUUGAGAUUGCUGGACUCAGGUUCUUGUUCCUGAUCAAUGAGGAACUCAUGAAUGUUGUCCGAGAGGAGGCGAGUAAAAUGAACAUCUCAUCUUUGUGAAGGGAAUACAUAACUUGAAAUUGCAUACCUACUCAUACGGGUUAAAAAUAAUUAAGUUUCUAUGAAUAAAAUUGUAAACUACUUUUCAUAUUCAAUGUUAUUCAGUAAGAAAUUGUAUUUGUCGUACUUGAUGAUAUUUCAUCAUAUGUAUUUUGAGCUUUAGGCACCGUUUAAUUCCACUGCAUUUUAUCAUUAUGUAGAUCUUAGCUGGAAUUCUAGAUCAUUUUGUUCAAAGUUUAAGUUUAAAAUACAACUUUUGAAUUAUGAAUUUCAGAUCUAGAAUAUUAAGUUUUCUUGCAUAGAUAAAUGAAACUUGGCGGAAUCAGUUUUGUAAAUUUUAUGUAAGGAAUGUUGUUCAUCAAUGGACCACAAGACAGGGAAGAAUAAUUAGACUACUAAAAGACUUGUUCUCUCAUCAAAGUCAAUGGCAUGCACAUAUUGCAUAGAAAAUUAGGAAGGUCCACAGGCUGUUUCAAAUUAAAUGAACUUUACGAAGUAUUAUUACAUUUUCACACUUCACCUAUUUAGUUUUUUCAAAUUUUUAUCAAAAGUUGAAUAUUGAUUGUAUUGGUAGCUAUUAGUAGAUCAAUAAAUAACAGAUACUGGAGUCUUUUUGGAAAAAUAUGUAUUUUUAAAAAAAAUAAACACAUUAAAAAUUA